AGUGCCAGAUUUAAGACAAUUGUUAGUUAGGAUUAUCAGUUUCGGUUCGUUUAGAUUUGUGCUGGUAUAGAGAGAGUCAUCAAAGGUAGGUCAACAUGGGAAGAGUCUUCCUCGUUGAAUUGGACGGCAGAGCUUACCGAUGCCGAUUCUGCGAUUCCCCUCUUGCCCUCGCCGACGAUGUUCUCUCCCGGACAUUCAAUUGCCGUAAAGGGAGAGCAUAUCUAUUCAGCAACGUGGUUAAUGUUACGCUCGGGAAUGAGGAGGAGAGAUUGAUGCUUUCUGGUUUGCAUACUGUAGAAGAUAUCUUCUGCUGUUGUUGUGGUCAAAUUCUUGGCUGGAAAUAUGUUGUUGCACAUGACAAGAACCAAAAGUACAAGGAAGGGAAAUUCGUGCUUGAGAGAUGGAGGAUAGACGAGGAUGUGGCCGACGAAUUGGAUCUUGAUGCUCGUCCUGGUUCAAGCGAUGCAGAAAAUGUUUAGGAAUAUAUUUUGCCUUUUCAUAAAAUAAAUAAAUGCUAGAAACCUGGCUGUAAGUUAUAUUUAUAUGAAUCAAGAGUAGAACAAAGAGUAUCUUAUUUAUUGUUACAAAUAGUUAUAAUUUUAGAAUAUUAGUGAUGCAUAAGCCUCAAAAGAACCUGGAUGAACAUAUGAAUGUUGUAUUAGAUUAAUGUUAGUAUUAUUAUUUAAA